AUGGAACCGCAGAACAACACAUGGGUGGAAGAGUUUGUCCUCUUGGGUUUCUCACAGAUGCAAGGGCUCCAGAAAUUCCUGUUCCUGGUGUUCCUACUUGUGUAUGUCAUCACAGUGGCAGGAAACCUCCUUAUCAUGGUCACAGUGACUUUUGACCCCCGGCUACACAUGCCUAUGUAUUUUCUGCUCCAAAACCUGGCUGUCAUUGACCUCUGCUAUUCCACAGUCACCUGCCCAAAGAUGCUGGUGGACUUCCUUCAUGAGAUUAGGACCAUCUCCUACCAUGGCUGCAUGGCCCAGAUCUUCUUCUUCCACCUGCUGGGAGGCGGGACUGUCUUCUUCCUCUCCGUGAUGGCCUAUGACCGCUACAUAGCCAUCUCCCGGCCCCUCCACUAUAUCACCAUCAUGAACACUCAACUGUGUGUGGGCCUGGUGGUGGCUGCCUGGCUAGGGGGCUUUGUCCACUCCAUUGUCCAGCUGGCUCUGAUGCUGCCGCUGCCUUACUGUGGCCCCAAUGUCCUGGAUAACUUCUACUGUGAUGUCCCCCAGGUACUCAGGCUAGCCUGCGCUGACACAUCCCUCCUGGAGCUCCUCAUGAUCUCCAACAGUGGGAUGCUGGUUCUCAUCUGGUUCCUCCUCCUUCUCAUCUCUUACACGGUCAUCCUGGGGAUGCUGAGGUCUCACUCUGGGCAGGUGAGGAAGAAGGCAGCUUCCACCUGCACCACCCACAUCAUCGUGGUGUCUAUGAUCUUCAUUCCCUGUAUCUAUAUCUACUCCCGGCCCUUCACCCCCUUUCCCUUGGACAAAGCUGUGUCCAUCAGCUACACGGUCAUGACGCCCAUGCUCAACCCAAUGAUCUACACCCUGAGGAACCAGGAGAUGCGGGCAGCCAUGAAGAGAUUAGGCAAGCGCCUAGUGAUUUGCAGCAGGGAGUGA